AGAAGAGUGAGAUGUGAUGGGUGCGAUCAAGUGUCAGUGUAACUGGCAUGCCACAACAACGAAUGGCCUGGAUUGAAAUGGACUUUCUUACGUCACGCGGGCUGUACCCAGCCGCCUUCCACCUUGUUGACCCCGUCGCGACACAAGACCGGUCAAUGAAGCGCAGCUGAUAAGGAUCGCAUUCUACAAGUUGAUAACUUACCCUCGUCACCAUGCAAGUAGCGGAAAUCCUCUCCGAUCUCACGUCACUGCGCGUCUGUGAUUACAAUGAUGCUCUGGCACUCGUGACCAUUCAAGAGAGAUUGGAUUCCCGCCCUGAAGAGACACAAUCACAGCCCAGCAACAGGGAAGAAACACCUGCUAUACAGACGGAACAGGACCAGCUCCGUCAAGCAAAGGAGUUAGUGGAGCUGCAUCACGAUGUCAAGGCCAGGCAUGCUUUGGGGACCGUGGAUGAAGAGCUAGCUAAGCUGAGGGAAGAUGUUCAACGGGUCUUGCUGGAGCUAAAGCCCCGUGCAGCGAUACCAGAAUGAAAGUAUAUAUCAAAUCAUCAACGUCUAAAUGGGGGGUUGUACUGCGAAAGGGCUGUCAAGCUUUGUGUUCCAUUCUAUCCUAUUCAUUUAAUACACAUUCAGUGCAUAUAGGAAUGGCAUUGCCUUGGCCCACCACAGAGUUUCCACGCGUGCAAGGAAUAGGAUCCCUCAUCAGGGCAGCGGAAUUGGUGGUGGGUCUUUGCGCGAGAGUUAUCC